CAACUUUUUCCACUAUUUUUAAAGUUCUGUUUGUGACGCUCACAGCAAAUGGACUUCUUGGUGGAGAUGGAUGAUGAGUUGGACUAUAUCGUAUAUUAGUGUCUAACGUUAAUCAAACAUUAGAAAAAUCACCUCAAGAUAAUCGACAAUACAAAACAACUUUACAAACAGAACACGACGACUAUGUGUUAAAAUAUGGUCAAAAUCAAUCAAAUUGUGUUAAUGUAACUGAUAGAAUGAUUGAAUCGCAAACUAUUUACCCAGAUGAAUUAAAUCCUUCACAAUCCCAGAUAAAUCGUAAAUCAAAAUCUAAAAAAUCUAAACGUGAUCGAAAAGAAAAACAGCAUAAAAUCACAUCAAAAAAUCAUGAAUUCACAACAUUAAAAGUUAAAAAAGAAAAUAAACAACAAAAAAUUCAAUCUUCUAGUAAUAAUACUAGUCAUUUAAACUAUAAUACAUGGGAAUCCAUUCAAAAAUAUACUAAACUUUCAGAUCAUCAUCAUGGACCUCUUCAACAUAGUCGUUCAGGUUCAUUAGAUUCUAUAUCUUCUACUUCAUCACAAUUAAGUAAAAUUUCUGUCUACACUGAUUGUUCAUCACAUUCAUCAUCAUUAAAAUAUCAUAAAUCAUCAAGAUCAUUACCAACUGGUCAACAAUUUCCACAUUGUUCUCAAUCACCUAAUCAUCUUAAUGAAUCUUAUACUUAUUCUAAAAAACGUUAUCAUCGUGAAACUAGAGAAACUGCUCCACCACCUGAAUCCACACGUUAUUAUAUUGGUUCAAAUCAAAUCUCUAUAAAAAUAAAACAUAAAUCUAAAACUGAUAAACAUGAAUUAUCUGAUUCAAUGAAUUCUAUUGUCAAUUUAUCUAAUAAACAAAUAGAUCAUUCACAUAAACAUUCUAUUACUGGACAUACUAAAUAUAAAUUAUCAAAAUCAUUUAAAACUGAUUCUAUUAAACAUAAAAAACAUUCAUCUAAAAAUAUCAAAUUAAAAACCAAUCAUUCAACUACUCUAAGAAAAAGAUCAUCCAAUUUAAAAUUGGAAGAAGAAGAAGAACAACAAGAAGCAGAGGAACAAGAAGUAGUAGAAGAAGAAGAAGAAGAAGAAGAUUAUGGACAAAAUAAUCGUAAUCUUUAUAAGUUAAUAGUAAAUAAAUCUGAAAAUGCAGUACACUAUUCAGAAGAAAGUGAUUCAGAUCUACAUCAUAAUAAUAAUAAUAAUAAUAAUAAUCAACGAAAUAUUCAUGAAAGUAAUUAUAGUAAGAUAACAGAUCUUAAUAUAAAUGAGACAGCUAUUAGAAAAUCUAAACAAAUAAAUGUAUUAUUUCCUAUUGGAAAUGAUAUAAAAGGUGAAUUUAAUAAACUACCACCACCACCACCACUACCACCUUCACAUUAUCCAGGCUAUUCAGAAUCUUCAUCUGAAUGUGAACAAGGUGGAGUACCCGAUAAUGAUUUUUUAGAUGAUGAUGAUGUUGAUGAUGAUAAUGUCAAUAAUCAUAAAGUUGAUGAUGAUGUUAAACUUCGUAAACAUGAUGAUGUUGUUAAGGAUGAUGAGGAUGAAGAUGACGAAAUUAGUUCUUUUAAGAAUAAACCACCUGGAAAGCCAUUCUAUUUCCCAUCUAUACAAGGUUGUAGAUCAGUAGAAGAAUUUGAAUGUCUUAAUCGUAUUGAAGAAGGUACUUAUGGUGUUGUUUAUCGAGCACGUGAUAAAAAAGUUAAUGAAAUUGUUGCAUUGAAACGUUUAAAAAUGGAGAAAGAACGUGAUGGUUUCCCAAUUACAUCAUUACGUGAAAUAAAUAUGUUAAUGAAAGCUCAACAUGAAAAUAUUGUUACUGUACGUGAAGUAGUAGUUGGUAGUAAUAUGGAUAAAAUUUAUUUAGUUAUGGAUUAUGUUGAACAUGAUUUAAAAUCAUUAAUGGAGAUUAUGAAUGGUCCUUUUAGUGUUGGUGAAGUGAAAUGUUUACUUGUACAAUUACUAAGAGCAGUUAAUCAUUUACAUGAUAAUUGGAUAUUACAUCGUGAUUUAAAAACUUCAAAUCUUCUAUUAAGUCAUCAAGGAAUAUUAAAGGUAGGAGAUUUUGGUUUGGCUCGUGAAUAUGGCUCUCCAUUGAAACAUUAUACAGAAGUUGUUGUCACCUUAUGGUAUCGAGCACCGGAGCUGUUACUAGGUACUAAACAAUAUACUUGUCCAAUUGAUUUAUGGUCAGUUGGUUGUAUUUUUGCUGAAUUCUUAUUACAACGACCAUUAUUCCCUGGGAAAGGUGAAGUAGAUGAAUUAAAUAUUAUUUUUCGUGAUUUGGGUACACCAACAGAACGUAUUUGGCCAGGUGUAUCUCAAUUGCCUGGAAUUAAAAAAUGUGUUUUUACUGAAUAUCCAUAUAAUCAAUUAAGACGAAGAUUUACUGAAAAACAAAUAUCUGAUCAAGGUUUUGAUUUAUUAAAUAGCUUCCUUACAUAUUGUCCAGAUAAACGAAUUACCGCAGAAAAAGCACUUGUUCAUCCAUAUUUCAACGAACGUCCUCGUGCUAUCCAUCCAUCAAUGUUUCCAAGUUGGCCAGCAAAAUCUGAAGGUGGUGUUGCAGUGAAAAGAGCAUCACCUAGAGCACCUGCUGGCGGUGGUGCUUUGGCAGCGGCUGCAGCUGCUGUUGCUGCUGCCGCAGCAGCAGCAGCAUCAUCAUUGGCUACAACAAGUGGUAGUCGUGUAAGGUAUCAACCUCCGGCGCCUCCUAUGGGAGGUCAAAGGUUUUAUAGCAAUAUGUCUGAUUCACGUCCAGGUACAGCAAAUCAAGGAUCAGGUGAUGCUUUUACUACUAGUGGUGUAGAUAAAGGAUUCUUAUUGCGUUUUUGAACUGUUUCUGUUGUUAGAAUUUCACAUAUCUUCUCUUUCCAUCCCUCGCUUCAUCUCUCUCUCAUAGAUCCAAUUCCUUGUACAGAAAAGACUUAACUCUCCUGCUUUUGGAUUGUAACUUGUUCUUAAAAACAUGUAUAUGUAUUGUAUUAAAAAAGAAAACUUAUUUUGCCAUUUACUGUUUUCUUUUAUUAACUAACUACUUUUGUUUGAGUGGUAUCAUGUUAUGUUAUGGGUUAUUACGAAUUGUGUUAUAGAACUCCGGAUAAAUUUUGUUGUGUAUUGGUGUUUCUAUCGUAUAUAUUGACGAGUGUAGAUAAUCCAUUUUAUUUAGCCCAAUUUUCUAUACAAUAAUCAUCCCUAUCAUGUGUAG